UUGCGCGGCACAGAGGAAGGAUGCCCCGACGGAGCACCGCGCUGCACCUCGCUGCCGGCGGAUUUGGUGGCACGGCUGGAGCCAUCUUGACCUGCCCUUUGGAGGUGGUGAAGACCCGCCUGCAGUCUUCCUCGCUGGCCGUGAGGCCGCUGUGCCUUCCUGCGGUGCAGAUGCAAGGGGUGAACGGAGCACUGAUCCGCCCCGGACUGCCCUCCAUAGGGGCUCUUCAGCUCUUGAGAACCAUCCUAGAGAAAGAAGGGAUCCGCUCCCUCUUCCGAGGCCUGGGGCCCAAUGUAGUCGGAGUUGCACCUUCCAGGGCCAUUUAUUUUGCUGCUUAUUCGGGCGCCAAGGAGAAACUCAACACGGUGUUUGCGCCAGAGUCUAAGAAGGUUCACAUGCUUUCGGCAGCCUGUGCAGGAGUCACUUCUUCCACUUUGACAAACCCCAUCUGGCUGGUGAAGACCAGAAUGCAGCUGGAAGCCAGGGCCAAAGACGAGCGGCGCACCAGCGGCUUCCAAUGCGCCUUGCGCAUUUAUCACACGGAGGGCCUGCGAGGCUUUUACCGUGGGAUCACUGCCUCAUACGCUGGUGUCUCUGAAACCAUCAUCCAUUUUGUUAUCUACGAGGCCCUGAAGCAGCGACUCAGAGAGCAUCGGUCGUUCCUGACUCCGACUCCUGUCUUUUCCCCAAGCAGCCAGGACUUCCUUGGGCUGAUGGCAGCAGCCGCCGUUUCCAAAACAUGUGCAUCAUGUAUUGCCUACCCACACGAGGUCAUCCGGACGCGGCUGAGAGAAGAGGGCUCGCGUUACCGCUCCCUUGUGCAAACUCUGCAGCUUGUGGUCCGAGAAGAGGGCCCCUGCGCUCUUUACCGUGGGCUCCUGACUCAUCUGACCCGCCAGAUCCCCAACGCGGCCAUCGUCAUGGUCACCUAUGAACUAAUCAUUCAUUUGGCAACCAAAAUGUGAUGCUUCCCCCUCCCUGAGAAUUGGCUAUUGUUGGCAUGUGGCUUUAGGAAUGUGAAGCCUUGAUAACGAUGAUCACAUUUCCCUGUUCCAUGGUUCGAUGAUGCCGUGGGAAAGGCUUGAAAGCUAGUGGCCUGUCUGUAAUCUUUUGUUUGCGAGCCUCGGUAACUGAAGGAUGGCUUCAACUGUGCUGGGCCUCUCAUCAGAUGCCUUAAAAGACAUCAGUGGGCAAGGGACCACUCAAAGAUGCAGUUGGACAGAUGCAAGAGUUUUAUAUGCAGAAGGAACAGUGCCUAAAUGUAUGCGUACGGAGGGUGGCUCGGUUGGCAAACGCUCUUCCCCAGUGCCCCUGCCUGGCCAGGCUCCAGUGUGCUGGUUGUGCAAUUCAGGGCAGAGGAGGAAAGGGUUCUGCUCUACUUCCCCUGUGGCCCGAGUCCGGCUUGCCAGUUGGCCGGGAAGGCAGAGGGCUUGUACGGAAGCCACGUAAAA